CUGCCCGCCGCCUGCGGCUCGCGCCCGGGAGCGCCGCGGGUCCCAGGAGCCGGCCGCAUCCUUUGUGCGGCUCUCGGUUUGCGCCGCGGCGCUGCUGGACGGAAUGUGGGUUCUGCUGGGGCUUUUCUCUUCUGCCCAAGCUUUUGAAACGAUGGAGUGAGUGGGGCGAGCGGGGUAGCGAGCUGCCUGAGGGAAUCAUGACCUCUGCCGCGGAAAUUAAGAAGCCACCAGUGGCCCCCAAACCAAAGUUUAUGGUGGCAAAUAAUAAGCCAGCUCCACCUCCUGUGGCACCUAAACCUGAUAUUGUGAUUUCCAGUGUUCCACAGUCAGCAAAGAAAACCAAACCGGCAAUAGCUCCGAAACCAAAAGUUGUGAAGGCCUCACCUGUUCAAGACACCAGGCAGUCACCCUCAAGGAAAAUCAUCCUGAAUCUGGAAGAGCAUAAGCCGGAAUCACCUGACAGCUCUGACAACUCUAACUGCAAAAACGUAGGGCAUCAGAGCAGUGAUUGUAUUUUACCAGUGUGUUCCCGCCAUUCUGAGUGUAACCAUAAGCUUGGGAACAGAGAGAAUUUGUAUGUCAAGCAGCUUGUCCUAGGGCCCCUGGAAAUACAUGAAAAUUUAGAAAAUAAUAAAAUUGGCGAGUCCUCUUCAGCUGUAAAAAUUCAGAGUAAAUGUGAUUCUAAUGGUGAAAAGGUCAAGAACCAGAGUGAAGUAGUUUUAAAGGCAAGUAUCCUGGAAGAGAAGCUCAAAGAUGUUUUAACACAACAAACAUCACCUUCUAUUUUCCCACAGAAACAUAGAUCAACAGACAACCCAGAAAGGAAUGAAGACUGUAAUUCCAAAAGACAAUUCAGAAUUGAAUUUGCAGACUUGUCACCCUCCCUGUCCAGCUUUGGAAAAGUUCCUGAUCAUCACCAUUGCCACCUACAGUUUCCUAGUGAUGAAUUUCAAAGUUUUGAAACUAGUCGGGAUGACAGUGAAAAAUGCCAUACUUGCUUUCAUUCAUCGGAACAAGAAGCUCUAGACAGUGGUAAAAGAAGUGCUUUUUUAUCUUCAGAUGGAGAUAGUAAGAAAUCAGCAGUCAAAGACUUUGGUCCCUUAGGAAUUCACUUAGUGCCAUAUACUGCCAAAUUUCCAACUCCCAAGCCCAGAAAGACACGAGCUGCACGUCUGUUGCGCCAGAGGCAUAUAGAUACUCCUAGUGAGACUACCGAAGAACCGGAGAAUGGAGACAGUAGCUCUUGUCUUUUCGAAGAUAGUUUGAAAAAUAAUGAAAUUAGUGUUUGUCAUCAGAAUAUCUUAUGUAACCAGGAACAGACAGACAAAGUGAGGCCAGGAAAUGAAAGUGAAUUGAAUGUGGACUCCAUUGGGGACAGACACAACUUAGUCAAUUCACAGAAAGCCUUGUGUCCUGAAACAUCUUCCUUUGAAAAAAUGGCACCUCCUUUAGAGACAGACUGUGAUUUGAGUUCUGACAAGACAGUAGAUGGUUCUUGUAUGUCACUUGCUGUGGACGAAGGAAACAGUUUCAUAAGAUGCAGCACUCUAUCUAUGAGCUUGCCUAAGCAGCUCAAAUUAACUUGCAGUGAACAUAUGCCUACUGCCUGUAACCAGGGAGUGUCUGCCCCUCAAAUGCAAAAGGAGUCUAUGAUAAAAGGCGAAAGUUCCUCAAAAACUGUCCCCAAAAAACCUCAGAGACACAGUUUGCCUGCUGCAGGAGUGCUUAAGAAGGCUGCCUCAGAGGAGCUUGUGGAGAAAAGUUCUUAUCUCUCAAAUGAAGAAAAACAUUCAGAGAAGGGUCUAGAAAGAAAUCACCUUCAACAUUUAUGUGCCCCAAACCAUGGUGUAUCACCGUCUUUUGAUAUGCCUAAACGGACUUCAGAGAAGCCAGUGUGGAAGUUACCUCAUCCCAUUAUACCCUUCUCAGGGAACCCAGAGUCCUUAAAGUCUGUCAGCAUAUCCUCAAACAGUGAGCCUCCCACUGCCCUCACCAAGCCUAGAGCAAAAUCGUUAUCUGCUGUGGAUAUGGAAAGGUGCACGAAGCCUUGCAAAGACUCUCAAAAGAAAAGCUCUUUAAAGAAGUUGCUCAACAUGAAGCUGUCCAUCUGUUUCAUGAAGAGUGACUUCCAGAAAUUUUGGUCCAAGAGUAGCCAACUCGGAGACACAACCUCAGGCAACCUCUUGGGUGGGGAGCGAAAAGGGAGUGAAAGUGAUUGGCAUGGCUUGUUGGUAGGAGAAGAGAAGAGAAAUAAACCCAUCAAGGCAUACUCCGCAGACAACUAUAGCCUGGAAUCCCAAAAGAAGAGGAAAAAGUCUCGGGGCCAGACCAGUGCAGCUAAUGGACCAAGAGCUGAGUCUUUGGAUGACCAGAUGCUCUCCAGAGAGUCAUCAUCUCAGGCCCCUUGCAAAUCUGUUACAAGUGGCUGUGUACCUGAAUAUGAAAAUAUACGCCAUUAUGAGGAAAUACCAGAGUAUGAAAACUUGCCAUUUAUUAUGGCUGUAGGGAAAACGUCAGAGAAUUCCAGCAGCGUGGAGGACACUGAUGCAAAUGUGUAUGAAGUAGAAGAGCCAUAUGAAGCUCCAGAUAGCCAGCUGCAACUUGGACCCAGGCAUCAACAUUCCAGCAGUACUGGAGCAUCCCAGGAGGGACCCAAUGACCUGGACCUUGGUCUUGGUGACCUUCCUUCAGAUGAGGAGGAAGUCAUCAACAGUUCUGAUGAAGAUGAUGUCAGCUCUGGUUCUAGUAAAGGGGAGCCUGACCUGCUGGAAGAUAAACAGGAUGAAGAUACUGGAAUGAAAAGUAAAGUCCAUCAUAUUGCCAAGGAGAUCAUGAGCUCAGAGAAAGUGUUUGUGGAUGUGUUAAAGCUUCUGCAUAUUGAUUUCCGGGACGCAGUAGCACAUGCUUCCAGGCAACUUGGGAAACCAGUGAUUGAGGACCGGAUCCUAAAUCAAAUCCUGUACUACUUGCCUCAGCUGUAUGAGCUCAAUCGGGAUCUCCUGAAGGAACUGGAGGAAAGAAUGUUAAACUGGACUGAACAACAAAGAAUUGCUGAUAUCUUUGUAAAGAAGGGACCGUAUCUAAAAAUGUAUUCCACAUACAUCAAAGAAUUUGAUAAGAAUAUAGCUUUGCUGGAUGAGCAGUGCAAGAAAAACCCAGGUUUUGCUGCUGUUGUUAGAGAAUUUGAGAUGAGCCCCCGCUGUGCUAACCUGGCCCUCAAGCACUACCUGCUCAAACCGGUUCAGAGGAUCCCCCAGUACAGGCUGCUGCUAACAGAUUAUUUGAAAAAUCUCUUAGAAGACUCUGGAGAUUACAGAGACACUCAAGAUGCCCUUGCUGUGGUUAUAGAGGUAGCCAACCACGCCAAUGACACCAUGAAGCAAGGAGACAACUUUCAGAAACUUAUGCAAAUUCAGUACAGCUUAAAUGGACACCAUGAAAUAGUUCAGCCUGGACGGGUAUUUCUCAAAGAGGGAACUCUGAUGAAACUAUCUCGGAAAGUCAUGCAGCCCCGGAUGUUUUUCCUGUUUAAUGAUGCCCUGUUGUAUACAACACCAGUACAGUCUGGGAUGUAUAAACUGAACAACAUGCUCUCAUUGGCUGGAAUGAAGGUUGGAAAACCCACCCAAGAGGCAUAUCAGAAUGAACUAAAGAUUGAAAGUGUAGAACGUUCCUUCAUCCUCUCAGCCAGUUCUGCCCCAGAAAGGGAUGAAUGGCUAGAAGCGAUUUCCAGGUCAAUAGAAGAGUAUGCCAAGAAAAGAAUCACGUUCUGUCCUACUAGGAGUCUUGAUGAGGCAGACUCAGAAAAUAAAGAUGAAGUUAGUCCUCUUGGGUCCAAGGCUCCCAUCUGGAUUCCUGAUACUAGAGCCACAAUGUGUAUGAUCUGCACAAGUGAAUUCACUCUGACCUGGAGACGACACCACUGCCGGGCCUGCGGAAAGAUUGUAUGUCAAGCUUGCUCAUCAAAUAAGUAUGGCUUAGAUUACCUGAAAAAUCAACCAGCAAGAGUAUGUGAACAUUGUUUCCAAGAACUGCAGAAAUUAGACCACCAGCACUCCCCUAAGACUGGAUCUCCCGGAAAUCACAAAUCUCCUUCAAGUGCCUUAUCAUCAGUCUUACAUAGUAUUCCAUCAGGGAGGAAACAGAAAAAAAUCCCAGCUGCUCUCAAAGAAGUAUCAGCAAACACAGAAGAUUCUUCUAUGAGUGGCUAUUUGUACAGAUCAAAGGGCAAUAAAAAACCCUGGAAACACUUGUGGUUUGUCAUAAAAAAUAAAGUGCUAUAUACAUAUGCUGCAAGUGAGGACGUGGCAGCAUUGGAGAGUCAACCUUUACUAGGAUUCACUGUCACUCAAGUCAAAGAUGAGAAUUCAGAGUCUAGAGUGUUUCAGCUACUGCACAAAAACAUGUUAUUUUACAUAUUCAAAGCAGAUGAUGCUCACUCAGCUCAAAAGUGGAUAGAAGCAUUUCAAGAAGGCACAAUAUUGUAGCUAUAUUGGUCUCAUCUCCUGUAUGAUUCCAGAAGGGUGAAAUUUCAUCAGAAUAGAGUAAAUGCAGUGCAAAAAUUUUAUAAAUGAACAGUGCCAAGAUAAAUCCAACCAAAAUCUUCAUCAAAGAAAUUAUUUUGUUAGGUAUAAGGUAUUUUUUUAAAUGUCUGUUUUUCAUAUAUGUUAUUUAUUAAACUUAUGAUGUUUACUAAAUGGUCAGAAUUAUUUCUGAGAGUGACACUGAAUUCUAAAGUAACUUUACUUUAGAAAACAGAAAACUUUUUUUAUCUUAAUAACUGUAUACUGUAUUAACUGUUUGUGACACAGUCUGUUCUGUUUUCUCAGUGUGUUUUACAGUGUUAAAUUGUAAUAUUCUCACUAGUGGUAAAUAUAAAACACACAUCAAGGAGCAAACUUCCAUGCAGUGUUUGGUUUAGAAAUUAUGAUUAUAAAACUGCUGAUGAAAAAUGCAUGUCUUUGAAUCAGUCAAUUUAGAUGAAGUUUUGUAUCUUUUAAUGGAAAAACACAUGGCCAAUUUCUACCUCAGUAAACUGUGAAAUUCCAGUAAAUUAUCUAAAAUAUUUCUACUGUUAUGUGUAUCUUUUGGCAUGAGAUAAUGUCACAUCAUCAAGGAAUUAUAGCAAAGGGAUAGAAUCUGAGUUUUUAUUUAACUGAACUUUGAGCAGGAAAAAGGAUGUUUUCAUCUGUAGGGGAACACAAGUAAUCAACUCUAUGGCCUUUACAUUAAGUCUAAUCUUUUUUUUAAAGCUGCCAGUUCAAAACAAACAUAAAUGUAUUAUUUCUUUAAAAAGCAAAACAUGGCAAGCAUUAUAUUACAUAAUGUCCCUUGCUGCUGUAAGUAUUCUGAGCCCAAGUCAGGUGGUAUUUGCAUCUAAAAGAAUGUUACAUUUCCUCUAAUAUUGUGAAUUAAAAAGUGAACUGGAAUUACCAUAUCACAAACGCACAAAUUCUAAAGCCAGUAUUAGAUGAAACUGUGUACUGUUCAUUUUAAUACCACUUUGUGUUAUGUCUUCCCUGGUAAUUAAAAAAAAGGUUUUUUUUUCUUUAAUCAACUGCCAGUGUACCUCAUUAGGAAGGGUUUAUAUUCCUAAUUCUGGUGCACGUAUUGUUUAACGUAUGGACGAUGUAGAUUAAAUUGUUGAUUACCAGAGGAAAAAUGAAAUUAACACUAUGAUGAAAGCCAUUCCUGAUGUUGAGAAUGUACAUUUAUUGAUUGAGCUAAACUAAAUAUAAAUUAUCUUAAAAGGCCAGAUUAUCCAUAAAAUAGUUCAUCAAAGGGCACAAGAAAAUUCCUUUCUGCUUUUAUAUAAAGACUUUCCUAAUUCAGUACGAUAUUUAUGGUUGCCAAGAGCAGUCCUGGGUGCCUUUCUGAAGCCUUUUGAAUGUCUGUUACAGCACCAGGGUCUCUACUAGAUCUAGAGUUGGUUGCUAUAGUUUUUCCGGCUGUUGUUUGCUUUGGAAUCAUUUUAAACCCUCACACAAUCCUCACAUGCUAUCUCCCAAGUCUUUCUGUCACUGUAGGUAAACUAACACUUCUUUGCAGCUUAUUAAUUUUAACCAAGAUAGCAUAAAUAAGGUUUCCGUGUUAAAAAUCCUCCAGUUUUUAGUGUAUCCUUUCUGGAGACCAAGGUUAUACCUUUUAUAUAAAGUGUUUCCUUCUGCUUCCUUGGGACUAGCAUUUCACAAAAGAAGUUUUUUGGCAUUCUUCCCUCCUGUUUUUGAGCUCUCAGCCUUCUUACUACAAGGUUUUUGGUUUAAUCAGAAUCUAAAAAUCAUCAGCCAAGGCUAUUCUAUCUUCCAACAGUUGACCAAAUCAAGAACCAGUUAAAUACUUAAAUACAAGAAACACGGCACAAACUUCUAGUAAUUCCACUAAUUAUAUGUGGAACUCAUGUAUGAUUGUGCUAGUUAUUUUUUUUAAAGCCGCCAGUUCAACACAAACAUAGAUGUAUUAUUUCUUUAAAAAGCAAAAUAUGGAGAGUAUUGUAUUACACAAUGUCAGAAGAGCAGUUAUAAAGCCGAGCCCAAAAGAAUGCUGAAAGAAAAAUGCCACAUUAAACUAGAGGAAGGCUGGCGUUCUUAGUACAUGUCUCCCACAAGUGUUCCCCCUUUAUCUGUGGCAGAUGUCACGUAGAGGACCCUCCAGAGUCUAGGAAAACGAGAAAGUUUAUCUUUGGCAUUAUCCCACGUUUCUGAACCUCCCUCCAACUUCUUUUCCCCUGUUCCCUAAUGUACCCAGUAUUUUCCUAUUGUUCUUUGCCCAAGAUAAUUAAUUCUCUCUUUUUCAAGUACAAGCUUGAUUCUUUGACUAUAUGGUAGCAUUUCUUAAAAUGAGAUCAUCAGAGAAACCUUUGUUUAAUGCAACGCUGUAAUGAAACAACUAAGUGAAGAAGACAACUUUAGAGUGUAGUUUUGUUAGCCAAAUGUAUAAUUUUUUUGGUUGGUAGAAGAUAUCCAGAAAUAGGGAAGGCCUGCUAUUUAGUAAUUUAGUUAAAACAUAAAUGUUAUCACAGUAUAUGGUGAUAUGACUUGGAGUGUGCUUUCAUUAUACUCGGUUUUUGAAGUUUGAGAUCCACUGUAGUCAAAUGUAGUCACUGGGACUUCCAGAGAGGUAAAUCCUAUUUCUCUUUUAAUACUGCACACUCCUUAAAGACAGAUACUAUAUAUCAUAUGUAUUAGUUUUUCACAAAAUACCUACCCUGUAAGACAGUCUUUUAAGAGAAAAUACUUGUUGAGGAAAGUAAGGACAGGAUUCUUGCCAUCUACACCUCAAACGCAGCCCCCAAUGUGCCCUCAUUAUAACUCAAUCUUAGACCUACUCUUUCUAACAUUCUGCAAGGCUGAUUUGCAAGUACCUUUUGGAUGUCUACAUGAAUCCUUCUUAAGCAUUUUAAACUUAACAUGACUGAAAUUUAACUCAGUUUCUUUCCGUUCAAAUCUGUUUAUUUUCUUCUGCAAUGGAAAAACACCAUUCUAGGCUCCAGAAUCUGCCUCCGAGUAUCAACAAGACCCUCUGCAAAUAUUCUCAUAUCCUCUCCGUCUUCAUUGCUCUUCUGUUACUGCAUCAGACCUAGCUCAAGUCCUUCUUACCUCUUCCUAAUGAGUGGCAUAACUUUUCUUCUAAUUCCAAUGCUGAUUUUAAAUGCUACAAGAGUCAUCUUGUAAAGCAUAGUUCUAUUUUCAUCCCUGCUCUUUACAGCCUUUAUUGGCUUCCCAGUGGCUUGGCAUGCAACACUUUUCCUCAGGUAUCAUACACUGCAGCUAACCCCAACCCAACCUUUCUCUGUUCAGUUUUCUUCUUUCUCACCUCUUCCCUCACCUCCAUUUCUGCCUAUUUAUCCAAGACUUCUCUGUAACAGUUGAUCCUAGUCCGUCUCUCCCCUGCCCUCCAGACUAGAUCUAGGCUCUCCUUCCUCUAUGUUCCCAUAGCCUUUAGCUCCUAAACAGACUUUCUUAUGGUGCUUGUCACAUUCGGUCCUUGAGGACAGCAACUGUAUCUUGUUCAUCUGAGAUUCUCCCUCAGCAUCUGGCAGAGUGCCUUGCCUGCACUGGACACUCAGUAUUUGGUGAAUUAAUUAAAUUAAUUCAAAUAGAUCUCUCUCUCUUUUUGAGUGCUUCUAAUACACAAAUAUUUUGGAGCCUGUGCUACUUCUAAUGUUAUUUCCUAAGGGAAAAUAUCUAGUAGGAUUUUUUUUUUUAAGAUAAAGAUAGUAGUAAAUUUUCAAAAAGCCUCAAUAUCAAAUUCCCUUUUUGGGGGGGGAAGGGGGAUAGAAGGGGGCAGCUUUCUUUUAUGUGAGUUGGUCACAGCAUGCUAAAAAUCAAUCUUAAAAAACUAUUGUUUUUUUAAAUGACAAAUUUCUAGAAACACUUUUCACUUAAAGUGAUAAUAGUUUGUAUCUUAUUGUCUAUAUAGAGAUGUAGAUCCUUUAUAAAUAAAGUACUAGCAUUGUAAAUAAUGUUAAUAUGUAUUAUAUUUAUACAAAAUAAAUUUACUGAAUCUAC